CCAUGGUUGACUUUGUUUUGUAGCCUAGUCUAAAUCACUUAACCACCACCCAAUACGCGUAUUAAACUUGAAUACGAGAACAUAUUCCAAGUUCUAAGUCUUGAAGUGUGGAAGCCUGUUACUUGUGAUUGCGCAGCUUGAAAUUACACCUAGGUAUAUAGGUACUACAUUAUUUAUAUCAUGGGGCCUAGAACCACGCCAGCGGACAAGGAAAAACUAGUGCAAAUGGACUCAAUCUUUCGUGAGAUCCAGACUAUAUACGAUGCCGGUACCCCAAUUUUCGCAAAAGAGAAUAUACGUCAAGUUGGCGAAGAGCUGCGCCGUUUUCAGGAUGGUAAGCACAACGACGGCGGAAACAUCACGAUGAGGGGGGUUAAUGGGGUCGAUUAUGAAGUAUUUGUCCAUCCCCCACGCCGCGGACCUCCGAGAGAGAAUGAGGUUCCUGGCGGCUUAACCUGGAUUAUUCACUACCACGCCCUCGAAUACCUUACCAGCUUUAAGUUAUCGGAUAUAGCUGUAUUUGAUCUCCAGUCGGCCUACCUUCCCAUGAAGAUUGGAGCUAUCAUCAGGACACGGAACGAAAAUGUUAAAGAUACUCCUUUGCGUCCCGCUCCGCCGGAAGAGGACCUAACCACAUAUUGGGCCAUCGAGCGAGAGUGGAAAACGAGCGAGCACUACGCGCAACUUCAGGAAGUGCUAGCUAACGUCGAGAUACCCAUUCCCUUAACCAAGGUUAUCGCUGUUGCAUCGGGCAGACCAGUCGUCCAGACGCAAGUGAAUAAGCGCCGGGUUCUUCACCACUCGCUCAUCUCCGACCUUCAUUCAACCCUAGUUCGACGCGGCCUUUUUCUUCCUGCAGCGUCAUCCACCAAGCCGUAUAUCCAGGAUCCGGCCUAUACGCAACGAGACAGAGAUAUUUUGCGCUCGGCCGAGUUCACCAUCCUAGACGAUCCGCAAGCAUGGCUAGAGCUGGACGACUCUAGCGUGCUCGUGUGCAUCAACGCUGACUUUCCAGUCGCCGACAUCGUGGCCGAUAUAUGCCGUCCGGCUUUAAUAAUUUGGGACAAGAAGCGAGGUCCUCAUCCUUAUUGGACUGUAACUCCAAGAGUAAAGGCGAUGAUUGAAAAUGAGUAUAUCGAAACCAAGUUUCCCGAUCAUGAGUGUUUUGGAAAUCUGGUCGUACUCGUCAGGAAGACCAGCUGAUAUCUAACGCCUCAUUUAAUGCCAAAUGUCUUAGGAUUAAGCAGACUGAGAGGGUUACAGAGGUAGGCAAGUUCAAAGCGGCCAGUGGGCGUUAGGACUUUCAG